AUGCAGGCCUUUAUAGUAAACAAAAGGAGCAGAGAUGAGCAAGAGAAGAGAGUGCAAAGUCAGAAAACUUCCAGUGAUACGGGUACAGACUAUCCAGAUUACAGUAAGGACAGGGAUGUAGAUAUAGAUCGCACCCCCAAAGAAGAGAAGAUGCACAAAUUUUCAGCCAAGUUGGACUCUUUGGACUGUUGGAAAUGCCCAGAAGAUCAAUGGCCUAAUGAAAGACAUGAUGCCUGCAUCCCAAAAGUGAUUGAGUUCCUAACAUAUGAGGAGCCCUUGGGUACAACUCUUUCCGCUGCUGCUCUGUUCAUGACUCUGUUAAAUGCUUCAGUUCUGGGGAUUUUCAUUAAACACAGAGACACACCAAUAGUCAAAGCCAACAAUCGUGAACUCAGUUACCUGCUUCUUCUUGGGCUCAUGCUGUGUUUUCUCUGUGCCUUAAUAUUUAUUGGAAAUCCAACAUCAGUGACAUGCAUACUUCGGCAAACCAUAUUUGGGAUAAUUUUUUCCAUUAGUGUCUCUUUGGUUUUGGCAAAAACUAUCAUUGUGGUUAUUGCUUUCAAAGCAGCAAGACCUGACAGUAAACUGCAAAGACUGCUGGCACCAGCUGUACCAAAAUUAGUAGUCUGUAUAUCUUCCACUGGGCAAUGUAUUAUAUGUGCUGUUUGGAUGUUAUGCAACCCUCCUUUUGUAGAGUACAAUACAAAAUAUUCAGAUGGGAAAAUAAUAAUUCAGUGCAAUGAACACAAUGUGGCAUUUUUCUAUUGCAUGCUGGGAUAUCUAGGGGGUUUAGCAAUUGUCUGUUUUGUAGUUGCUUUCUUGGUAAGAAAUUUACCUGACACAUUUAAUGAAGGCAAAUUCAUUACCUUUAGCAUGUUAAUGUUUGUCAGUGUGUGGCUGUCCUUUAUACCUGCAUACCUGAGCACGCAGGGCAAAUACAUGGUUGCAGUGGAGAUAUUUGCAAUCUUAGCCUCAAGUGCAGGAUUACUCUGCUGUAUAUUUUUACCCAAAUGUUAUAUUAUUUUACUUCAACCUCAUAAAAAUACAAGGAAACAUUUAAUAGGUACAGUUUAGUAGCACAUUCUAAUACUAUAGAAAUAAUUGUAUUGUUAUAUUUCUAAAUAAGCAGUUGCAUUGUAAAAUGAUAUUUAUUUGACUAUGGUAACAAUUAACUCAUUCCCUUCAGUACAGCUUUUUUG